CAUCCAAUCCAUAUAUCAAUCCAAGUUUAGGGUUUCACUACUCUUCUUCCUCAUCUUCAUCGCAGGUGUCGGCUGCUAUUCGUUGAACCGAAAAUGGUGAAAGGCCGCCAAGGAGAACGUGUCAGACUUUACACUAGAGGAACCGUUCUCGGUUACAAGAGGUCAAAGUCGAACCAGUACCCGAACACAUCGUUGAUUCAGAUCGAAGGUGUGAACACGAAGGAGGAGGUAGCAUGGUACCAAGGGAAACGCAUGGCGUACAUCUACAAAGCUAAGGUGAAGAAGAACGGAUCGCAUUAUCGGUGCAUUUGGGGGAAGGUGACUAGGCCUCAUGGUAACACUGGUGUUGUUCGCGCUAAGUUCAAAUCCAACCUGCCUCCUAAAUCAAUGGGAGCUAGGGUUAGGGUGUUCAUGUACCCAAGCAACAUCUAAGAUGAUAGCUGAAAUAUGAAGAUAUCAUUGCUGAUGUGGUUAUAACAGUUUUGUGAUAUUUGCUUUCUUUAGCAUGUGUGAUUUUGCUUAAGUGAAUUUGAAUUUGAGUUUAGCUUAACUGAGCAGAUAUUCAAAUGACUCGUCUUUUGGUUUCUAUUCAACCUUUUCUAUUCUUAUUAAACUCAAAUUCUAUUUAUGUUA